AUGGCAGUUUCGGGUCGAAAGGUUUCUGAUUUUCAAGGUUCCAUAUCCAAAGGCUCAGCUGAGGACUUUGACCAUAGAUGUGAACCAUGUUUGGCGAUUGGUCAACAAAUAGAAGCUCAUGGAUUUUGUGUGGACUGUCAAGAAUACUUGUGUAAGAACUGCUUUGCUUAUCAUCAAAGGAUAAAGGCGACCAAACAUCAUCACCUGGUCAACAAAGAUAAUAUGGAUAAACAUGCUGUUAUCAAGAAGGAAUCAGACGAAUGCACUGAAAAGUGUCAGGUGCACAAAAAGGAAGUGAUUAAAUUCUUCUGUCCAACACAUGAAGCUCUCGGCUGCAACGAUUGUAUCGUCCUGGAUCACAGAGCAUGUGACAUUGACUAUAUACCUGAUAAAUGUGCUGGUAUUGGGGACAGUGCAGAGUUCAGAGAAGUACUGAGGAAGCUGGACCAGAAGGUGAAUGAGGCCGAGGAUGUUACAAAGCUGGCCUCAUGUAGAGAAAAUGAAUUAGAUUCAUGCCAUGACAGACUACUCAAAGAAAUUACAAUGUUUCGCAAAGAGAUAAAUGAUCGCUUAGACCAACUACAGAAGCAAAUGCAGACAGAUGCUGACAAAAAGAAGUCCACAGAUAAACAAACAGUAAAGAAGGUGCUUGAAACAUGUACAAAAUUUUCUUCAGAUAUCAAACAACUACAGUCAAGACUACAAGAUUACAAAGCCUCACAGCAGAAUGGACAACUUUACAUUACAAUGAAACAAGCUAAAUACAAGCUAAAGUCAGACGAAAUAAAGGAGGCAGACAGAAUUUUAGAAAAGACGAACAUGCAAUACACAUUUGAGCAAAACCAAGAUCUUGAAGACAUACUUUCAAGGCAAAAUGCCCUUGGAAAUCUCGCACUCUCUUCUUCAGUAACAACAAAGGGGAGGAAACGAAUUGAAAAAUUAACCAAAAAACAAAACAUAAAAAUAAAGACGAACUCAGAUCGGAGGGAAUGCUGGAUCACAGGAUGUGUUGUUCUGUCCUCUAACAAACUUGUGGCGGCUGAUUUUUUCAAUGCGAAACUAAAAGUUGUUGACAUAACAAAUAAAGCUAUAAUAGAAGAGACAACACUUUCUUCAAAUCCAUGGGACAUUGCUGUAAUGCCUCAGGACCAUAUUGCUGUGACAAUGCCAGACAAGAAAGAAAUACUUAUAAUGACAACAGCAGGUAAAUUGUCAAUUGUCCGCAAGUUUCCAGUUACAGGAGACUGUAGAGGUAUAGCUUAUCAUCAAGGUCUUCUCUAUGUGGUUUCCAGUGAUCCAAACUGUGUAUUUAUUACAGAUACACAAGGUAACGUCCAGAACACAAUUAAACUGGAUGAUAAGAGAUUUUACAGACCAUGGUACUUACUGCUGAGUAAGGAUCUGAGACAUAUCUUCAUCAGUGACGAUAGUAGCCACAAUGUCGUCAGUAUAACAUUACAAGGUAAUAUAUCUGCUGAAUUCAAAAACGAAGACUUAAGAUUUCCACGGGGAAUGAUGAUGCUAGACGAUGGAUCAUUGCUGCUAUGCCGCGGUGGGGGAACCGGCAUGAUAUAUCGUCUCUCGGAUGAUUUGAAGCAAAGUCAGACAAUGAUAGAUGAUCUGUUGUUUCCACAGCUCAUGUGCUAUAAUCGUGGUAAACAGGAGAUCUAUGUCGGGUGUCAUAGUGACCAGAUGAUUGUGUUAAGUGCAAAAUAA